AGGAGAUUCUCCGAUGGCGACCCAUUGGCCAGUGUCAGAGUCUUUGGCUCCUUGCUGGGCGACGGGCACUGGGAGACGUGCGCCGCCUGCUUAAACGCCUGGCAGAACUGGUUUCGCCGCGUCAAGUUUGAGAGGAAUCGCCAAAGCAUGCGAGCUGCAUUGGUCUGGAACGAUCCAGGACGCGCCAGCGCGGUGAUCCGAGCUCGAGAGACCUUGGCCAAGAGCGAUCAGGUCACUUGGCUCAGUGUCCAGCUGAAAGUCAAUGAGGAUGAGAAGGUGCAGUCGAAGUUGACUUCGCCUCCUAAACUCCGACGGGAGAGUGGCAACAUCUUCUCCGCCUUGGUGCAGGAGCUCCGAGAGCAGCUGGUGGAGCAGUUGAGACAUCACAUCGCCCUGGUGAACGACGCCGAGUGGGGCGUGGUGCAGCGGUGGAUCAUCAAAGAGAAGACCAAGGAUGUGAGGAAGGCAGAAGCGAGGGAUGAGGCUGCCGCGUGGCAGUUGGAAUGCGCCAAGCGCAAGUUGCAACAAUCGCCGGCCUUGGCCGCUCUCUUUCAACAGCUCUACAUUACCAGCUUGGCCUUGAGUGUCGAGAAGACCGCCACCACCUUAGCCCAGAUGUUCGCGGACACCUCCCACUUGAUGAUCCGCAUCAUGGCUAUGCCUGUGGCAGAUGAUGCCACAGGUGAAGCCAAGCUGGCCACCAGUCCCAACCAUUCGGAUGUCCAGGCCCAUCUCAACGCCUUGCUCGACGGCGUGGUGGCUGCCGCCGGGCGCGCGCCCAUUGUGUGGCAGCCUGGCAGACCUAGUGAUGAGGUGGUUGUGGAAGACAUGAUUGCGGAGAUCAUGGAACAGCGAGAGAAGGAGGAUAAAUAUGCCUCCGCGGCGUUGCAACGAUCCUUGGCGAAAAGCCCCAGCUACCGCGCGGCAGUCAGCGACUUGGAUGCUCAGUUGCGGCGUAGCUUUCAUCUCGUGGAGCGGAGGUUGCAGGCGGUUCAGCGGCAACUGGAUCCCAUGCUCUUGGGGCAGUCCGCCAUACUGAGCAGGCUCUAUCUGGACCGCCAAGGCCUCUUCCAGCAGAUCCAAUCAGUGGCCGUCCCUUUGGAGGGCGACGCUGCCACAGGGCACGUGCCUGCGGAGUGUCAACGAGACUUCACGCCUUUAAACUCUCCGUUCCUCGCGGAUUUCACCAUGUUUUGGCUCUCCAGGCCGCAACAGAUGGCACGACAACAGCUGCCUGAGAAGAUCUCAGUGCUUUUGAUGAACCUCUUCUACUCCUUGGCGAAGGUCAUUGUGAGCUCCAAAGUCAACUUGCAAGUGGCUCCCCUGCCGCCAGACUUGGCCGCCUGUUUGUCGCCGGAUGCCUAUGGCCGCAGGGCAGACUCGGCCUUGGCCACGAUCAUCGCCGAGGCGGUGGAGGGCCGCAGCGCGGGCUGCGCGGCGCUCCAUACGGCCUUGGCCUUGUUGGUGGAUGGCUCCGGCAGCUUCUUGGAGCUGUUGCGACCGCAGCAGCUGCUUCGGCCGGAGCUCUUUCUGCGCACGGUUCAGGGGACACAGUACGAGUUGAGUUUGGUAGAGGGUCUUUGCGAAUGGCUAGCCGAUCUCCAACGUGUGUGCGAGCAGUGGGAGCAAGUGGUGCAGAACAUGAGGGCCUUGUCCCAGUGCGGUCCUUUCGCCUUGGACGUGAGGUAUUUCUCCUUCAUCGCCGAGCAAACCAGCCCAGCGUUGUUGAGCCUCUCCGUCUAUGCCACCAACAUCUAUGGUGUGAACUGUGGGAGGCGCCUAUGGAAGGACAUCUACGAGUUGGUGCUUCGCGUGCAAAAGCCCGUGGAGACCUUCGAAGACAUGGUCAGUGAGCUGGAGUUGCUGAGCAAUGUCUACGAGAACAUCAACGUGUUCCGCAGCGAGCGACAGCAAUUGACGCCGCUCAUCGCCGCCUUGGCGUCCGUGACGCGGAGCCACCUCUUCACCCAGCGCUUGCCCGACGUGCGCGCAGGCCGAAGCAUCUCGGUGGAAGAGAUGCCGGAGCGCUUCAUGUUAGGCUUCCAGGAGCAAGCAGAGCACGACGAGAAACCGUCCGAAGAGAGCGAAGAAGCCCAGAGCGACGCUCAAGCGGCGCGCCGGGAGCAGGGACGUGCACACGGUGUGGGGCAUGCCUAUGGCGGCUUGUCCACAGGGACCAUGCAGUUCCUUUGUUUGAAGACGGACGAUGUCUUCCAGGAGUUGCAAGAGAGCUUGGACCAGGUCCUCCGGACCUUACCUGCGCGCUCAGGGCCAUUUCAGGAGAUGGUGCGAGAGGAGUCCUUGGCAGUGGCGGAGGCAGCAGCGGCCACGCGACAAGAGCUGGAGGAGCAGCUCGCUCCCAGCGGUGCGCUGGCCAUCGAUGCACGCUGUAGCCUCACGCGCGUAGGUGCCAACGAUAUGGGCGCAGAGGACAAGGAACAGCAAAACUCCCAUCGGACGACCAAGGAGGCGAAGUCGUCCUCGCUCCAGCUCACAGCAGGUGGCCUUUCCUCCUUCCAUGAUGUGGAUUCUGCACUGGCGGGCUUCGAACAGCGCUAUCGACAGUUGGAUAGUCGGAACCAGUUGAUGAACCGCUUCCAUUUUUUAUCCAAGAGCGACCCCUCCACAGAGCCCAGGCCUGCGAAUCAGCGCAUGGAUGAGCUGCGCAACAAGCUACAAGAGCUGCGAGUCUUCUGGAAAGCGGCACAGGAAUGGGAUAAGGAAGUGGAGAAACGCCUGCGCCAGUCGCCGGUGUUGGUUUGCAUUGCAGAUUUGCAGCGACAGGCACACUUCACGCUUCGAGCUGUGAGCCAAUGUCCCAAGGACCACCAGCGACUACUGAGACAAAGGAUCAACGCAUUUCGACAAGUCUUUCGGCAGCUCUUCAUGGUGCAAUCCAUCAUGUGCCUGAACGCCAAGGGCGACAUGUCGGAACGCGAGGGGCGGAAGGUGCCCCUGGUGCCCUACAGUCCACCACAAGCGCAUGUUUGGAGCAACCUCUUCGACACCCCAGUGAACAUCAAACCGCGUGACUUUUCGGCGAACUGCUUCGGCUUCGAAGAAAACCAUCAGAAAGGCGGCGAUGCCUCAGGUGACGCACCCGGCUUCGAUCCCAACGACACCAUGACCAGCCUCGGGAGGCUCCUUAGAGCUGGCGUCCUGGAUAACCAUGCCAAAGUGGCCAGACAGUAUGCGUUAGCCAGCCGCGAAAGCCAUGAGAUGCGAAAUUUACUUUGCAACGUGAUUGCUUGGGCACAAGAGAGGCUGCCCAUCUCCACAAAGGGCACAGGCCCAGUGGUGCCAGCAGCGGUACUGGCAGAGCAGUUGGACUCCCAAGCACGGCAGCUGGAAACGGCAUUGCAUCGCUCCAGGCCCUACCCGCAGCUCUUCAACCGGCAAGAUGGAGAGAUCGCUUCCGAGCAGAAUCCACCAUCGGGGGACGUCUUCUUCUUGGGCGGCUUCUACAAGAACUUGGCAGAAAGUUGGCUACGACGCUUGCGACUCAUGCGUCGAAACCUGGGAGCCUUCAUGGAAUGUCAACAGAUGUGGCUGAAGCUGUCGCCAUUGUUGAAGAGUCAAAAUGUCCCACAGAGCAGCUUCAAAGAGCUACAGAAAGCUGAUCAAAUCUUCCAGUCUUUGGCGCAGAGCAUGGCGGCGAAUCCCGAGACCCGUGCCUGCCUCGAGGGUGUGCUCGGCUCAGCGGACGGCUUGGCGACGGAGGCCUGCAAGUACUUCAUGGAUGCCUAUGGUGUGAUCCGGCAAGACCUUCAGGACUUGCGCAGUCGCUGCUUUCGGCUCUUCUUCUUGGAGGACGAGGUCCUCUUUGAGUUGUGGGGCAGCUCUGCCAACACUGAGACACAGCAGCAGAUUGUGAGUCGUUGCUUGCCGCAGCUCUUCCCUGGUUGGGGCACAGCGAUCUUCGCACAGCAGCUGGACUCGGCAGGCUCCCAUCGUUCGGCGUCCAAACGAUCGCAGUCCAAGAAGGGCACGGUCGAGAUCAAGAGUGACUUGGUGAUUACGGCAGUUCAGCCCACUGGUCCUGCUCUUCAGUUGCUGGAGCCAGUUCCGCUUCAUUUGCCGGUGCAGGAGUGGCUUCCAACCUUGGAGAAGGCCGUGGCCAAAUCCUUUGCAUCGCUCCUGUGGGAGGUCUCACAGGUCUCGGGGCUUCAGGAGAUGGAGACCUGGAGGGAGAAGGGAAGCCUGGAGCCAAGCCCAGCACAGUCGAUGCCCGAGCACGUGGCGGUGACCGCGGAACGCAUCCGUUGGACCUCGAUGGUGGAUGGGGCCAGUCUGCCAGAUGGCAUGGACUUCUUAAGCUCUUACGUGGAGCAUCGCGUCCGAGAGGAGGUGGCGCGCAACACCGCGGUCUCCAAGGACGCAUGCGCAGGCGCGGCGUUGAUGUUGACGUUGGAGCUGCGGGAGCUGCUCGCCAGCGCUAAAGAGCAACGACAGGAGGCCCAGCAAUUGAAGUUUCUGCGGAUGGCCUGGAGAUCUUCCGAAAGUUUGGCAGUAGAGUUGAAGCCUUUGAUCUUGGAGUUUGCUUGGGAGCUUUAUGGAGGAGACGAGCUGAUUUGCCCUCCGACGGAGCGGUGCUACGUGGAGUUGGCGCAACAGUUGGCGCGCGAUGGAGGUUUGACCUGUCCAGUGCUACAGAGUCACCUUGGAAGCACUGUGACCCGAGCCUUUGCGGCCUGCUGCGGCAUUGCCUGUCACCAGUGUUUCAUCCUGGAGCCGAGCCACGUGCGCUUCUGCACCGGCGCCGGCCUUCUGGGCCAUUGGGUGAUUCUGCAUGGCAUUCAAGAGUUGGAGCAGACCUCCCGAGAGGCUUGCCUGAAGUUUCUCUCCAAGUUCUUUCAGCAGCUUUCACAAUCCUUGGAGUUCUUCCGCGACAAGAUGAUCGACGAUCCACGCUUGACCGACCUGUCGUCCAAUCUACGCUUCGCCAAGCUGCCAGUGGGAUCCAUGAAGGUGCAUGGCGUGCCAAUGAUCUUCGAGAAAUCCAAGUUACUGAGGAGAGAUCGAGGACGCUCAAGAAGUUGCUGUCAGUUCGAGGUGGAGCGCUUGGAGGCUGAGCUGCCAGUGGCACGGUCCCAGUCCUGUCCGGCGAGGCAGCGUACUCAAAGCACGAGCUCCUUGGACUUCGAGGUCAAGGCGGAGAUCUUCGGUGGCAUUCCCAGGACGAUGCAUCCGGCGGUGGCUCUCUUUGUGGCGCCCCCCGCGGUGGGAGAAACCACCACGUCCUGGUGCGUCUUGCGGAACCUCUCCUUCCCACCGGCCGAUCUUACGCUCUACAUUCACGCCGGCUUGAUCCGCAUCGGCAUUUUGGACAUGGACGCGGCUCGAAUGCUGACCGGGGCCGUGUCGGCCUUCAACACCUUCAGCGAAGCCUCCAAGUCCACCGGGCGCAAAGGCCGACAUCCCCACAUCGGCCCCGGCGAGAUCCGCUCCAUUUGCGCCUUUGCCGCCUCGCUGCGAAGAGCGCACAAGAGUCAAGACGUGGAACGUGGGACGAAAGAGCUUGAUGAGCAGAUCCUGUGCGAAGCAUGGCUGUGUGCCAUCGGCACGCAGCUGGAUGCAGGUCCUGAACGAGAGAUGCUUUGGCGCUGCACGGUGAUGAGCUUCAGCCGAUCCGCGCAUUUCGAAGUGCACCAGCAAGCCUUUCGGCAGAAUCUCUUCAAUGACACGCUGAUGGCACAACGUGUGGCCAAGAAAGACCUCUCCACGCGCUUUUACAUCCGGAUUGCUGACACGCUUCGUCAGAAGUUCUCCUUCGACUUCUACAAUCCCAUGGUGGUCCAGAAAUGCAUCGCCACCACCCAAGCGCUCUUGAACGAUCGGGACGUGGCCGUGGUGGGAGAAGCUGGCGCAGGCAAAACCGAUUGCAUCAUGACCAUGUUGGAGGCGGCUGAAGACUUCCCCGAUGACCUGGGACAGCCCUUGUUUCCCAAGGUGAAACUCAUGCGUAUCAACACCUUGGCUCACGACGUGGAAGACGCCCUACUGGUGGUGUCGCGCGCGGCGGCGGAGGCCCAGCGGAAGAGGAGAACUGAAGAGCAAGACGAGAAGUCGCGAGAAGACAUUUGGUUGACCUUGGAUGGCCCGAUGAACCCUGAGUUGUUUGAGUCGGUGGCCGGGGCAAUGCCGCUCAGCAUCAUGGGUCAGAACAAGCCCUACCUGCCCAAGACCCGCGCAUAUCGGAUCAUUGUUGAGACGGACUACCUGGCACGGCUCUCGCCAGCAACGGCCUCGAGUCUGGCGGUGACCUACAUCGAUACCGAAAGGGGACCCACCUGGAAGGAUCGGGCCAUGGCCUGGGUCCACAGGUUUGUGCUGACUUGCCCGGAGUAUGCCAAAUUUCUGGAGUUGACCAAGGAGCUACUGAUGCACCUCAUGGACAGCAUUUUGGCCUUCGUGCUCUACUACUUUCACUUCAACCCCUCCGAGAUCUCUGCGGCAGCCACCGAAGGUGAGGCCUUGGACUAUCGACAUCAGCAGACCACGUGCUUUUUGUCCUGCUUCACCUCCUUGCUGGUGGAUCCUGUGGUGGAGAAGCAGUUGCUGGCUGCCACUGAGGAAGGUCAGGAAGCCUUGGAACGAGAGGUGCGGUUGCUCAUCGGGAUGUCUUCCAUCAGCGCUUUCGGCGCCUCCUUAUUCACCUAUCAAAGGCCACGCUUUGAGAAGUACAUUCGAGAGAACGUUCUGGAUCCAGUGCAUGCCAUCACUUUCCCUCCGCUCUACGACCUCUACCUGGACUCCCGCACGGGGCAAUUUCAGGCGGUGGGGAAGAUGGUCCACUUGACGGAGCCCAUUUUGGAAGCUCACAACAUUUGCGUCGCCACGGAAGAAUUUGUCGCCUUCCAGUUGCGGCUCCGUCGCUUGCUGGCGAUCAACGCUCCGGUGCUGCUGGCGGGCACCGCGGGCAGCGGGAAGUCCGCUCUACUGCGAUAUUUGCAUGGCUGCAAAUCUCCAUCCACUGCAGGGCUACUGCGGACGUGCCCGGAUCUGGGCCCUGAGGAGCUGCAACAAGCAUUGACACUUAACCUCUCCGAGCAGGGCAUCGCGGGUGUGUUGGCCCCUGGAAAUGAGAAGCGCCUGGUGGUCUUCAUCGACGAUCUUCAUCUCAGCUCCAUCGCAACAACUUCUUGGCGACUUCAAGCAGUGAGCUCACAGUACCGAGGGCCAGGAUCCAGCGGCCAGUCGCGCCUGGGGGAGUGGAUUCGCUUUGGGUUGGAGUCGCAAGGAUUCAAGCGGAUGGAAGACGGGCACUUCGUGGCCUUCCGAGAUGUGUCCUUCCUACCGUCGCUCCUGGCGCCGAACAGCCAGUCCUUGGAAGUCUGCAAGCGCUUCACACGACACUUCUUCUUGGCCUUCAUGGAGAUUCCAUCAGAAGCGAGUAUCCAGAAGAUCUUCUCCACCAUUCUCACGAUGAAUCUUACUGCAGGCAUUCCUGAGGAGGUGAUGCAGAACCUGACCCGAAACUUCUGGCCUAUGCGCCUGCAUCCAAAUGUGGAGAUCGACACACCGGGGCAAAAGCUGGCAGCACAGCUCCUGCAGGCGACCUUGGCGGUGUGGGCAGAGACUGACCUGGCCUCCAAGCAGCGUCUCCAUGGCAUGGCACGCGUGUUCUGGGACGUGGCACAUGCUUUCUCACGCGUGCCCAUCGAGGAGUUACAUUCCCAAGUGGAAGUGGGAUACCUUUGGGCCUUCGUCAUGCGAACCUCUGUUCUUGAUGCCUUGCUCCUGCCGGAAGCUGCCAGUCAUCGCCGACGCAUCUAUGGAGCAGUGGCACGAAGUUGUGCGGGACACUUCGGGCUCUUGCUGGGUGGGAAGGCCGGCCUGGAGGAUUCGGAUCUUCAAGCGCUGGAGUUGGACAGCUUGGCCUUCUCGGCGAUCUCCGAUGGUCAAGCCCAGGCCACCCUGCAGUUGGCCACCCCGGGAGUCCGGAGCCUGCGGCGGGUGAAUCUGGCCGAAGCUCGUGACGGCGUGCUGAAACGCAUUGGGAGCCAUGCCUAUGUUAGUCUGCGGGAAGAGCCUCCAGAGGAGAAGGUGACGCCCAGUCACACCUCUCAGGAGUCUGAUGAAGGCUUGGACUUUGAGGACUCGGAAGAGGAACGAGAGCAUCCGUCACGAGAAGGCGAAGGUGGAGAUAGCAAUGAGUUCAGCAUCGACAGGAAGUUCAAGAGCCAGACAGGGGAAGACACUGAACAGGCUGCUCCCGAUCCAGUCUCUUUGGCCAUGUGCAAGGAGCUUCUGACCAUUGACAACGAGGCAUCCUUGAUGUGGCUCUUGGAGGAGCAAACCUUGUGUAGCUUGCUGCGGAUGUGCCACAUCUUAACUUCCUAUCCCAUCACUUGCCUUGUGGGCGGAUGGACACAUUUGCCUUUGCUGGGCCUGGCUGGAAAGCUUCUCGCAGGGAGCUCCGGUGGCGAGCUGCACUUCUGCACUGGUGUGACGGCGGAGUCCCUGGAGCGGGAACUGCUGAAAACGCCGGUGGUGCUACAGCAGAGCCGUCGGAAGCCACAGAAGGUGAAGGCAGCACAAAAGAAGGUGGAGGGCGGUUUGCGCUUGCUGACCAUCAGCGAGGAGGACUUUCCCGCCUCUGCACCUGAGGCCUACCUGGAGCGCGAGCAGCGCCGCUUUUUCCGCCUCGGCGGCGGCGCCUUGGGCGACGAGCGCACACCGGUGUGCGCCAAGAACGGCGAGGUGGUCGAGGAAGAAGGACAGAAGAGAUUGGUGGUGAUCUGCCGUUCGCCGGCCUCGUUGCAAGAGCUCUACACGCGAUGCGGCUUCCUGCGGCAAACCUUAGUGGCAACCUUUCAUGUGCUGCCACCGUUGUCCUUGCAGCAGGUGGCCUUGGUGUACCUGGGCAACAAGCUCACCAGUCGGAUCGAUCUCAGUGCAUUGCCCAAGCCACAGAAGAAGCUGAUCAUGCACAAAAGCUUCUUCCGAGGAGUGCAAGGUGCCCGUGCCAGCAUCAAGAAGAGCACUGCCAAACCAACGACCACAGAUGAUGGACAGAUCUGGCAGCAACAGCUCUUCAUACCUCUUGCGAAGAUUGUCGAGUCCUUGCACCUGCGCAUUCGCGACGUCAUGGCGGUGGAGCUGGGCCGCGACGUGGCGCUGGAGUUCUGCUCGGCCAGUCGUUUCUCCAUCUUCGUGCAGUCCAUCGCACGCUUGGCCAUGCACCACCGUAGCGUGCAGAACCACCGUGGGACCAUGCACGAGUCUGUCCGGAAUCGACUGAAGAGCUUGGAGAAGUUCCUUCUGGAUCUGGAUACCAAGCUCCGGUCCAUGCACGUGUCCUUGAGGCUCUUAGCAGAAGAGUCCCGUCGCUUGCUCUCCAGAAGUGCUCGAGAGCACGAACUGCAGACGCAGGCGAAGCACUCCUUGGCCAAGGUCCGAGAGCGGAAACAUGUGGUCCAGUCACACAUCGCAGCAGUGGAUGCUAGGCAUGGAAAUGACUUGGAGAAGGCCUUGGGCAGAGCGAACAGCUCCUUGCGGCAGCUCAAGCAGCUCGAGAGGUCUCACUUUGAGUCGCUCGCGGAAUACCAACACCUCCCGGUGCCUUUGGUGCGUGCGCUGGGCGCGGCAAAAGCGGUCUUGCUGCACAUUUGCGAAGAGGAGACCGAGGAGCUGAACGUGCCCAUCUUCCGCCGCAUGGCCAUCCCGUCGCACGCGCAGAUGGCGGCCGUGGCGGCGGCCGGCGGGGCGGUGGGGACGCCGAAGGUUUCGAAGCCACCGACUCGCUCAGAGACCUUCGCAUGGGCCAAGCUGUUGGCAGAGCCCAAGAGUUUGGACUUCUUCAGUGCUUGGGAUGGGAAUCAACCACUGCCAGGUUGGCUUGCAGAGGUCUUGCAGCGCUUCCUCAUCAGCCCCGAUUGUCAUUCCUCCAACUUGUGGUCCAUGAGCCCAGCUGCUUCACGCCUCUCACAGUGGCUCCAUGCGCGCUUGGAGUGCCAUCGUGUCUUGAUGAGAAUGGAAGAUGAUCGUCAGAGCAUGGGAGACCUCUCCACUCAGCUACAAGAGGUCACCGUGGCGGUGGCCACCGCCGAGGCGGAACUCCAACGGGCCGCCAAGACGCUGGAGCGCCUGGAGGCUGCGCAUGCAGAGACAGUGCAGCAGCGACAAGUCCUCCUGCGAUCUGAAGCAGUGCUGCAGCGGCAGAGCGCACGGGCUACGCGUGUACUGGAGAUUGCCGCUCCCCGAAGGCGUGAGUGCGAGGUGGUGGUACCGUUGCUGCGCGAAGCGGAGGAGUCGCCGGAGCAAUGGGGUGCCAUUCUGACCAUUGGAGUCUUGAGUUGCUAUGGAGCCUCCUUCAGUCAUCAUCUACGACAAGCCAUCAUGAAGGAAUUGCACCAGGUCUUGCAGGAGGGUGGCGUGCCAACACCAUCCAACCUCUUCACCAGUGCAGAGCUGGGGAACUUCUUCCCGCAGAGCUUCGUGCGGAAAGCCGUCCAAGCGUGGCCUAGCAGCCAACAACUGCAGGGUGCGGUGGCCAUGGAAGCGUCCGGAAGCCUGUGUACCUUGAUGUUGGACCCCUUUGGUAGCGCACUGGAAUGGCUCAAGGAGCUGCAUACGCAGCGGAACCCAGUGGCCUCGGGCGGUGGAGACCGUACUGAAUUCGACAAGCACUUGCAGAGGCUCAUGGAGUCGCGAGGCAUCGCGCAGGAGCAUGGCGAUGGCGACGUGUUGGACGACUCCGAGAACGAAUGGGAAGAUGUUCCACAAGCGAAGGCCACCGACCAGGACUGUGUCCAGCCGUUGCUGUGCAGCGGCAGUGAGACACCAGAGGCGCUCACGAGCAAGUUGCAGCACUGCAUGUUGGAGGGAUCUAUCAUGAUCAUCGAGCUGGACGAUUUGUCCAACCUUCGCGGCUUUGUUGGAACCCUGUUGGUGCUCCUCUCAGGCUCCAACGCCCCCAGCGUGCGUUUGACCACGGAGCGGCACUCGGUGCUCUUCCACCUGAGCCAACGCUUCACAAGGGCCUUGGCCAUCAACGCAGGCGACGCGUCCACACACUCGGUGGAGUGCAUGGAAUCGGAGGAGUUGAGAGUUCGGGUCUUCAGCAUGCUACAGCGGCUAGAAGCGGCAUUGCCUAUGGUCCACUACCGGUUCCAUCUCUACGUCAUGGCGCCCCGAUGCCCGUGGAGCCGAUCCUUGUGGGGCCCAGCGAAGAUCAAGCAGGCGGAACAGCUGAUGCGUGUGCCAAGCGCCAUUUGGUCCACCUGCUCCAUUAUCUCGAUGGAUCCCUUGCCAGCUCAUCCGGCGCAAGCCUUCUUGCCCAGCUUCAUCUAUGCCAAGGAAGCGCCCAACGCUGCACGCAAGCGACAAGAUCAACAGCUGGUGUUGAUGGCACAGGAGACGCGGCUCUUGGUGAGCGAAGAAUUGAUCCUCCACUUGCUGGGUAAGAUGGAGAACUCUGACAUGCAAAGCGACAAGGUGGUUCGGCCCCUGCAGAAGUUCCACGCUUGCGCCUCGCGCCUCGCGCGCAGCGUCUCCAUGGGUCUUCAAGAACGACAGCAGCGGCGGAAGGCGGAGAAGAAGUUCCUCCCCUUAGCCUCCACCGUGGCCCUGCUGCAAGCGGCCUUGAUCGACAGCGAGCUGGCCACCGAGGCCGUGAAAGGACUCUUUACCCCGGUGGAUAUCACGAAAGAUCGCACGAAAGAUCUGGUAAGAGACGUCAACAAGGAGGUCGAUGGCUUUGCGAUGCGGCCAUUGGUGCUGCAGGCUCUCUUGCAGCAUCAACUGAAGUUGCACAGCUCGGCCAAAGAUGCAGUGUCGGAGUUGAUGGAGAUCGUGGUUUGUGCAUUGGGCCCUUCACAGGGAUCCUUGUUUCGGCUCUUCCUCCUGCUGGAGAGCCGCGAGCAAGGUCUAUCAUCCUUGUGGCAUUCGAUGGUCACUGCCAUGACCAACAAGGUCUUGACCCUCGACACCUCCAAGACCGAGCGCCGCCAGAGCACGGGUACCGUGAAGACCAGCGAGGUGGCCUUAAGCGCAUCUGGUGAUGGAGGCAGCUCAGAAGAAGACGAAAAGAGCAGUGAUGACACUGACGAUGAAGACGAAGACAGCGACAGCGAUAGUGACAGCGACACUGACAGCGAGAAUCAAGCAGGGGAAGAGGACGGGCAAGGAGAGGAUGGUCAGGGCGAGGAGGAUGAGGUGGACGACUUCAUGGAGGACGAUCUGUUGGAAGUGGUGCCCGCGGCGAAGAUCCUCAGCAUUGCCAUGAUGCGACGGAUCAAAGAGAUGUGGAAUGCCGUCAAGGCCACAGUGCCUAUGGUACAUCCCAAACGAACCGCCAAGCAGCAGCUCGCGCGACUCCCCAGCAAGACACCCUUGCUGGUGCCCUUCGACGCCCUACCGCUUCUACAGUCGCUGGCGAAGAGCUUGUCGGUGAAAGUGCAGGAGAUUUCAUUGAUGGAACAGCUGCAAAGUGGCUUGGAUGGAUGGCUCUUCUAUGACUUGGCCGAGUGCAAGGACUUCCGAGAGCUGGAAGCCAUGCUCGUCUCGCACCUCGAGGGCACUCGUCGGAAGAAGACCGGCAGGCGCGGCGCAAAGGUCCAGGACCUCAUCGCGGGACAAGCGGUGGCCGUGGCGCUAUUUCGAGAAAUGUUGGAAGGACAGGAUCAGCCGUACAAGGAGCCAACACGAUGGAUCCUCUACUGUUCAGCGGAAACGGUGGAAAUCCCCAAGAGCAUCCUGCGUUUUUGCUUCUGCAUUCAGAACGUGAUGACCUUCUUCGGCAUCGGGGAGAAUAUCGACCUGGCGCAUCUUCCCAGUAGCCUGGUUGAUGAUCUGGACCUGCAGGCGACGGCGCGCCAGGCCUUUGAGUUGGUCGGCCGCUGGGGCCUCGUCUCCUCACCGCUGCUCCGCGAAGCUUUAGGCUACAUCGCACAGCGGCAUCCCCUGCUUACGGUUUGCAGCUCCUUCACGGACGAGAAGCAAAGCAACCAUCUUCUCUCCAGCAUGGUUGUCAGCAUCAAGGCUGCAGGGCUACAGCACUUGUCCUUCCUCAACAGGGCAUCGUUGACGGACUGGGUGGAGGAGGAGUUGAUUAUGCACGCCUUGCCCUGGACGCAAGAGCGUUGGAUCGGCUCGGUGUUGCAGUCCUUCUCGCCCACCUUGACCUAUCGCAGCGACGGUGAAACCUACCGAGUACUGGGCGCUUUGUCCAUGAAGAUAUCGGAAUUCCUGCAGCUUUUGGCCAGCGCCUUACUGACCUUGGACUCGCCCUUCUGGCUACGGCUGGAGCUGAACCGUGCCAUCCGAGCUUUGCAAGAUGCGCGGCGCGAGUGCAUCGCCUGCCACGCGGCACUGGCCGGUGAUGCCUCCUGGACGUCGCAGCUCUAUGCCGUCUACAAAAGUGCUCAGCUGGGCAUGGCAUACUGGGCGAACCGGCCACUGGCCUCGUGGCUGAACACGUGGUCGGAGCACACGAACUUCUUGGCAGAUUGGGAUCCGAAGAGCCCUCUGGACUCAAAGCCCUUUCGGUUGGCCUCAGUGAACGACAUCUCAACGGUUCUCUCCUCCUACUACCGCGAGGGCGGCCCUCACUACUUGUGGCUGGAGGAGGUUUCAGCACGCGAACGUGGAAGCUCGCCGGAUGCCGAGAGACAGACGAUUCAGCUCCUGGUUGAAGGGCUUCAACUUGUUGGUGCGGGCUGGGACGAUGGCCUUCUCGUGCAUGGCGGCCACUAUGAGGGUGAGCUGCCACCGGUAGUGAUCCGCCUGUGUCCAGGCCGAGCGCCCACCAGCGAGGCCGACGCCUGGUACCUGUGCCCGGUGGUCGUGGCCUCGCAAGACGCCUUCGGCGCAGAUCUGUUGGCGCGGCCCGUGGCCCAUGUCUACGUGAGGACCUCAAGCAACGCAGCGCUGUGUGCUCUUCAUGGCGUACGCUUGGUGUGCUUCGCAUGAGCCUGGACGAGGUUGCACAGACCUCCAAGAUGAAGCAGCUUUGCUCAGAGAACUAGACGCAAAUUUGGCGGCCAACAGUGUUGUUUUUUGUGUGAUGAUCGGAGUAGAUGUGGAUGGAUUCCCAACUAUGCUUUGUGGUAUGUUUUUCAACACUAUAUAUAGUGAUGCUGCCUUGACAUCCGCACGUAUGCAAGUACUGUCUUAGACCAAGAGCAGACACGUCUUAGCAGGGAAGCAUGGUCUUCACCUGCCCGAGCCACAGCGGUUUUCAGUGCCAACAUGGAGAAACUCCGAUGUGAAAAUUGCAUGAAAUGGUGGCGGUCAGGGCCUUGGAAGGAAGGCAGCCCAAACCUACGUUUUGAG